CGUACGUGCUGGCUGCGUGCUGCCGUCGCCCCGGCGCGAGGGGAUGUUAAGGGGAUGGCAACGUAACGUAGCAGCGGACUACUAGCCGGCACGAGAUGAAUACGAACGGUAACGCGGUCGGGCAGGAAGGUGGUGCCGGUACCGAUUAUGGAAGUAACGAGGAAACGGCGGCUCUGUUGGGCAGGCCACCGCCACCGCCGGUCGUGGUGGCCGCGGCGUCUCAGGGCAAGCCGGUGCUCACGCGGCAGGAUCGGGCGACCUUCCUGGUUGCCUCGCCGCAACUGUCCGUGUCCGGGCUCGGCGGCUCCGAGGAGAGCGGCACCAACGAGGAUCCGGCUACCAGAUCGGUACCGGACAUCGAGCUUCACUGCCGACUGGACGGCGAGCCGCAGCCACCACUGCCGUCACAGAUUCAGCAGCAACAGCAGCAACAGCCGCAGCAGCAACAGCAGCCGCAGCCGCAGCCGCAGCUCCAGCAGCCGCAGGUGCAGCAGUCGCAGUUGCAGGCGCAGCCGACAUCCUACCGGUCGUCCAGACAGUCGCAUCAGUACAGAUGCAGGUGCGACCGAAGGGAUUCCCUUGCGCCCACCUCGGCCCUUCAUUUGGCCCGCAGCGUCUCUAGAGAGAGCGUGAAGAGUGGCCACCACUGCUGCCCGUGUCAGGCGCCGCCGCCGCCGGUGUUGGUCACUACGUCGCCCAACGCCCGCAUAAUACGGCAGAGCUCGCAGCCGGAAGCGUCCGCGUGUUGUUGCUCCGGCUGUUGCUGCCCGCUGCACACCGGCGCGGCGCCGAGCGGCAUACGACAGUUCCGGCAGUUCCCGUGGUGGUGCAAGUCGUCCUCGUCGACGAUGGCGGCGGCGACGGCGCCCUCCUCCAUGGCCGCGGCAGCCGGCCCAGCAUCCGCCGGCGCCGCUUCCGGUACCCAGGGUGGCCAGGGCGUCGUACUAUGUCCACGUACGCUGUCGCAGGUGCGACGGACACGACUACGCCGGGCCCUCACCGAAGCGACCGCCGAGACCGUCAACUACGUCAAGACGCUGCGGAAGCCAGUGUCGACUCUCUCGAUCCCGGGGGCGAUGAAGAACAGCGGCGGGGUGGCCGGCGGGGGCGGCAUGCUGGCCGGCGGCGGCGGCUCCCUGAAGGGCCAGUCCGGCGGUGGCAGCAUCGGGCCCGGGUCCAAGCACAAGCCGAACGUCGGCUACCGGCUCGGCAGACGGAAGGCCCUCUUCGAGAAGCGCAAACGCAUCAGCGACUAUGCCCUCGUCAUGGGCAUGUUCGGCAUCAUCAUGAUGGUCGUCGAAAACGAACUGUCCAGCGCCGGUGUUUACAGCAAGGCCUCGUUUUUCUCGACAGCACUGAAAACCCUGAUCUCUGUGUCUACUGUGAUACUGCUUGGCCUCAUAUUUGCUUACCAUGCCUUAGAAGUUCAGUUGUUCAUGAUCGAUAACUGCGCGGACGACUGGCGGAUCGCAAUGACCUGGCAGCGGAUCGCGCAAAUCUCGGUAGAGCUGGCGAUUUGCGCGAUCCACCCGAUCCCGGGCGAGUACUACUUCCUGUGGACGACUAAGCUGGCGAACAAGAACGGCGACAUCGGCUCCAAGUGGGUGCCAUACGACGUCACUCUCUCGCUACCGAUGUUCCUCAGGCUCUACCUCAUCUGCCGGGUGAUGCUGCUGCACUCGAAACUCUUCACGGACGCGUCGUCACGGAGCAUAGGGGCCUUGAAUCGCAUCAACUUUAACACCAGGUUCGUCCUCAAGACCCUGAUGACCAUCUGCCCGGGCACGGUGCUGCUAGUCUUCAUGGUCUCCCUGUGGAUCAUCGCCUCAUGGACACUGCGACAGUGCGAGAGAUUCCACGAUGAGGAACAUGCAAAUCUCCUCAACGCCAUGUGGCUCAUCGCCAUCACGUUCCUGAGCGUCGGUUUCGGCGACAUCGUGCCCAAUACAUACUGCGGUCGAGGUAUAGCCGUCUCCACCGGAAUGAUGGGCGCGGGGUGCACUGCUUUGCUGGUAGCAGUCGUCUCCAGGAAGCUCGAGCUUACGCGGGCGGAGAAGCACGUGCACAACUUUAUGAUGGACACACAAUUAACGAAAAGGUUAAAGAACGCCGCGGCGAACGUGUUGCGGGAAACGUGGCUGAUUUACAAGCACACCCGUUUGGUGAAGCGCGUCAAUCCCGGACGCGUGAGGACUCAUCAGCGGAAAUUCCUGUUGGCCAUAUACGCACUCAGAAAGGUGAAAAUGGAUCAGCGUAAAUUGAUGGACAACGCCAACACUAUAACGGACAUGGCCAAGACACAAAACACCGUCUACGAGAUCGUCUCGGACAUGAGCACGCGGCAGGACGCGGUGGAGGAGCGUCUGGUGGGUCUGGAGGAUCGUCUGGUAGGCCUAGAGGAGAAGCUGACUUCAUUGCAGGGCCAGCUGGAACUAUUGCCCGAGGAGCUGACCCGCUGUUUGGCGCAGCACGCCGAGCGGAUGGAGCAACGGCGUAACUUCCUCCACCCGGAUACCGCGGUAGCUAUGGCGGUUUCCAGUGGCGGCGGCGGCGGUAGCGGCGGCGGUGGCGGUGGUGGCGGAGGAGCAAUAUCGUUGGGUACGAGCCUGGGCGUUUCCGGCGGCGGCAACGUCGUGUCCGCCGCGCAUCACCCCCUCGCCAGCCUCUCCAACUCACCCCUGCUGCCGCAUUCACGCAGCGUGCCCAGCGCUCCCAGCACCAUGUCCCUGCACCCGUGGCCGGUCAGCCCGGUCUUACCGCCAGUCUCCAGCCGUACGCCCCACCUGGUGCCAGAAACCGGCAGGCAUCACGGCCUCAGUCACUCCGCCACAGUGACCACGACAUCGCAGUCGGCCACCAGGCUCACUUCGCAGGCCGGCAUGGGUGGGCUAGGCAACAGUCAAGGCUCGGAUACGUCGGCGCACAGCUGA